AUGGUCUCACCAAUUCUGAAGAUCGGGGUUGACGUGGGCGGCACGAACACGGACGGCGUCAUCCUCGACCCGACGGCCUCCGUCAUCUCGCUCGAGGUCGGCGGCGGCAACGGCCUCCAGGGCCUGAUUCUCGGCGCGAGCACGAACCUCGACGUGCCGACCGUCGACGGAGACUGGAUGGGCAGGGCGUACCCCAUAUCCCACCAGACGACGCCGGUGGUGUUUGAGAGGAAGGCGACGAUGAUUCCGUCGUGCAUCUCGGACGGCAACGGCAGGAUAAUGCCCGCACGGAGCUCGACGCCGAGCGGGCGUUCCGCGCCGCCCUCUCGCAGAUGGGCUCGCACGUCGGCUGCGCCAAGGGGCCCCGUCAGCGGCCGCGACACAAAGUCGUGGGUGGUCGAGAACACGGUGUCGCUGUCCUGGCGCAUCGGCCGCGCGGUCGCGCUGGCGCGGUGCACCAACACCGUGGACGCCGUCGCCGAAGCGAUCGUGGACCAGGUCGGCGGGGAGAAUUCGGCGCGGGUGCUCUUCCGAGGCAAGAUCGUGGGCGUCGAGAGGGUCACGAGGGCGGGGCGCGCGUACGGCGAGGUCAUCAUCGAGAACGGGGCGUCGUCCGGCGGGGCGAACGGCGGCGGCCGCGAGAGAACGGGGGCGGAGAGGGUGAAGAUCCCGUUCAAGAACCAAAACGUUCUCGCCAAGAAGGUUCACGGCGACGGGACGGAGGAGAUUCUAACAAUGGUGCCGGACCUCGUGUGCGUCAUCGACGCUCAGAACGGCGAGGCCAUCGGCACGCAGGAGUACCGGUACGGCCUGCUUGUGGUGGUGCUCGGUAUCACGGCCUCGGAGAAGUGGACCUCGACGGCGCGGGGCAUCGAGAUCGGCGGGCCGAAGGGGUUCGGCAUGGAUGACGUGGAGUAUGUUCCGCUCGGAAAGUUCAAGAAGCCCAGAAGCGUCAUUGAAGAGUUUGGGGUUUAG